AUGCAGUCGGUCAUCUUCUGCAUUUUUUGCAUUUUUGCGUUGUUUAUGACAGCUUAUGGUACAGUUUUGGUAUAUGAGAACGGUUCAUCAACAAGGUCAAAUGGCCUUAAAUACCAAAAUGGUUCAUUGGGAAGCACAACAAAUGGGACGGUAUCUUUGGACAUGGAGCAAGUCUGGCUGUAUAAAUAUUCCUGGCCCAACAAAACCAGGGUGAGUAAAUCUUACUUCCAUUGCAUGUUAGCCGGCCAGGCUAAAAAUCAGAGGUUUCUAUAAUAUGAAAUCUUUCAAGGCCCGCAUACUCUUUGACUUGUACGGACAAUCGGUUUCUGCCGGGUCUAAAGCAGAGGCCACACUCCACAGGUGAAGAGCACAGGUCACGGCUCCAUCGAUAAAUUACCAAGCCACACAGAUUCCCCUCGAACUAAUAGAGCAUUUUGUUAAGAGAUUAGGGCUAGGAGAAACUUUUAAUGCUGUUUGUUUGUCUUUAUCAUGGUGACCUGUACUCUGACCUGUGAAAAAAUAACCUGUAUUUUAGCCCUGCCCAGUGGUUCACAGUUACAUUGAUCACAUUUCACGUCAAUAUUUGUGGGAAUUCCCCCAUUUGGUUCUCACCCCUGGGUACAUCAUUGAUUGGUAUGUUAUUCACAAGUGGGGGGCUCUCUUGGAAUAUUUGAAGCAUCUGAAUUUUUAGAGAAAUUUCUGCGCCAAAUCUGUAUCCCGGAGCUUGAAAAACGAGAAAUCUAAAUGUUUGGUUACAUAUAUGCCAAUUCUCACGUGGACUAAAGACAUCGAUCUUAUGCAUCAAGGACAAUUCCUCAUAUCUGACACACAAAUCCAGACAAAUUGUCCUUGAGCACAUGAUUAACAAUAGCAAUUCAAUUCAAUUUCCCCAAAAAUGUUCCAAAAAGGUGCUUAAUGUUGACUUUGUGUCCUAACUGUAUCUGCACAACAUGCUAAAAUUGUUGCCCUUAAAAUAGCCUCUGAAAUGCUCUUGAAAAGGUUAUUGGGACAUUUUUGCCAACGUUGAGAAGUCUUAGGAAAACUGCCGGAAAUCUUGGAUGUUUUCAGCAACCUCAGUCAUGACAAGACAAAAGUUCCACCACAUUUGUCUCAGAAAAAGUUGGCAGGUACUUGAUGAGCCUGUGAUAUUGGUAUUGUGACAUAGCACUGGUAAUUUUAACAUUUUAAAACAUAAUUUCCUUGCAAGAGGAAGAAUGCCUCUGCACUUGAUCCUGAAAAUAUGAGCCCGUACUGGCUGAAGCUGGUUUGGGAAUGGGGGUGGAUUUUAUGUCACUAUUGCAAUGGUAUUUCUUUAAUUCUAAUAUUCUUAUUGUAUGUACUUUCUUUUCUUGAUUAAGCCUUAUGCCGUACGGGUUAGCGUCUCAAGUGAUGCAGCAACUCAAGUUUUUCCUUUGCUAUUUGUGGCGCGCUUGCAACGAGGUGUCAUGUCAUGGUCAAUACCCGAAGAAAAGUAAGUAGAGUGCUAAAAUCAGAGUGAAGGGCUUCAAAUUACAAUGAAACCCUGAUCCAACAAAUCCCUGAUAAAACUCACAAAUAAAUUUUUCAUGACACGAGAUCUUGGGUCAUUCACUAAUUGCUGAUAUUGAGUGACAUGUUUUAUUCUUUUCCCUUCUUGCUCUCGCUUUCUAUGUUGGCCUUUUAAUUGGACAAAUCAAUCAAAAACACCUUAACACAUGGGAAGGGAGAAGGAAGGUACCAUAUGUAGCUGUGUGACUCAAGUUAGGACAGUGACCUUGAUUGCUGGUAAAAAAAAUGGUAUUCGACCAGGAAUCAGGUAGAUGAAGAAAUACUUUGUGGAUGUGCUACCUCCAAAUCAUUUUUCAUUUAUUUAUUGUUUAUUUUUUAUGUUGCUUGUCAGAAUUUAACCUUAACAGCUGGCCUCAAAAAUACAAUGAUUUAGUUUUUCAGUAUUUCAAAUUUAAAUUCAUAAUUGCAAUGUUUAGUUUCUUUUCCAUUAUCCGGAGUUAAUUUUUGUUGUUUGUUGUUUGUUUGUAGGUAUAAUUACAGUCUUGCCAGCCGUACACUGUGCCCCUUUCUUCAUAGCUACAUAUCAUUAACUAAUGGAUCUGCUCUGCCUGAGUCAUUCUCUGUUGAUGUCUCCACUUUUUCUCCAAAGCCUGUCAAUUAUACUCUGAAAGCAGAUUUUCUUGAUAACUUUGUUUUGAUGUGAGUAGUUCUAAGUGAAUAAUAUCAAAGAGACUGACAGUCAUGAGGAGAAGGGGGAUAAGCCAGGGGAGGAGCGAUGCGUGACGAUCCUGCAAAGUCAUACUACAUAAAUACAGUCGACUAUCUCUUAACGGACACCUCUAUAAGACAGACACCUCUGUAAAACGGACACUUAGAGUUGGUUCCUGCCUUUCUUUACUCCCCUUGUUUCACUCUUUAUAAGAUGGACACCUCUCUAAGACGGACACUUAGUGCUGGUCCCAAAGGUGUCUGUCUUAGAGAGAGUUGACUGUACUCAGUUAGUACGCAGCUCUUAAAAACCAACCCCUUUUAUUGGUUCUCCAAAACACGCAGCUCCAUUGUUUUAGGGAUAGAGUCAUUGUUAUAUUUCUAUGUCUAUUGUUUUCACAGCUAAUACUGUGAGGCCUUGUAAAGAGCUGUAUAGCACCCCUAAAUACUACAUAAAUAGUUUGAAUUAUUUAAAAAUGAAGCAAAUGAGGGUAAAUAAGGAAGCCAUCCUUAUGGUUAAAAUUCUUUCCUUGGUUGCUCAAAACUUACUUAAGAUAUACUUUAGUUUCAGGGGUACCUAAAUUGAAGUUUUCUCUGGGAAGUCCCCAGACUCCCCUAGUGGAAGUGAGAGGCGACCCCAACAUAUGGUUGUGGCACAUGAUAAGACACAGUGUUUUGCGUUUCAACUUAUUUUUAAAAACAUCAAACUCAAAGUAGAGUUUUAUUUCAAUGGGAAAAUUAUAUUUCAUUUCACCACAUUGCAUUAAAAGACAAACUACAUGUUUUGAACGGUGCAAUCUUUAAAGAAUGGUGCCACUUCUCUUGCCAUAUUGGAAGGCACUGGAGCAGGAUUUAUUUUCUGUUGUGAAGCACUGCUAAGGCUUUACCAAAAACGUGAAUAACCAAAAAAAGUCAUUUACAAUGAAACUUGAUUUUUACAGGUUAAGCAAACCGCAAACUGUCACAGUGGAUCCAGCACAACCCAUGGUAAGAUUAUCAAAGCUUUAAGUUAAAUGCAUAUUAUUUUUCUAGCUUUGUGUAACUUCCAAAACUCAUAAAAUUGUUUCGAUCCUCUGUUCACAGUAUUUUUUGUGGAGAUUCCCAGAUAAUGUGGACACUGUUGUUGUAAAAGCUGAGUCUGAGAAUGCUAAGUUGUGCGCUAUUUUGUCAAUACAAGGAACUCAGGUAUACUGUUUUUGUGUGAUCAUUUUUUAUUUGUGAUAAUUUCUUAUUUAAGGAAGCAUUUUAAGUAGCUAAUCCCCCUGGAACGUUAUUGAGGGUAGCUAAUCCCCCUGGAAAGUUAUGAGGGAGGGUUCCUAAAGCUGCUACAAUACAACAGCAGCCGGCUUUUUGUGAAGUCAAAUUGGAAUUUCUAAGAGUUUUGGUUUGGCUGUUUCAUGGUGGUAAUAAUUUGGCUAUUUUCCUAAACGACAUAUGCUUGUAACAGUGCAAAGCCUAUCUUAACACCCUCUAUUGACAAUGUUGUUAAAUGCUUGUAGCAGGUAUAUUUCCUUUUGCUGCUAGAAUAAAGUUCAUAAAAUUGUAGUCAUUAUAAAGUAUGGUACUUUAUAUUUCAUUCCAGUGUCCGGUGUACGAUCUUGCGAGAAAUGUGGAAUUUACUGGCUAUUUUCAGACCAUGACAACUAAAGCAGCUAUCACGGUGAAGGUGGAGUUUAACUUUGAAAAAGUAGAAUUAAUUACUGUAAAAUAAUUCUGACCAACAAAUGAAAUGGAUAUAAACCUCAACAACUAAUUGGUUUUAGCCAGGUGGGCAAGAGAGCCACCUUUUUGGGAAGAAAGGUUUUUUUGUUGCAUUUUGUAUUAAGAACCAAUGGCUUGAGAGCUGAGAAGAAAAUUUUUAACAUUUUUGCUGUAGUGGGGAGGAAGGGGAGGGCUUGGAGCCCCCCCCCCCCCCCCCCCCCCCCCCCCCCCCCCCCCCCCCCCCCCCCCCCCCCCCCCCCACCCACCACAAAAAAAAAAAAAAAAAAAUAUAUGAUAUUUUUUAUUUUCUUAUGAAUUAGAUAAAUAAAAAAAAAAAAAAAAGAAAAAAAAUACAACACAAGAAAAAGAAAAUAAAAAAAACGUGGGCAUGGUGACACAACGGAUUUUUUAUUUUUAUUUAGUUUUGACCCUGGAAAGGUGCCACUGAUGAGGCUGUGGAGGGGGGGGGGGGGGGGGGGGCCCAACCCCCCCCCCUCCCCCCCCCCUAGCACAAAAUUUUAAAAUUUUUUUUUCCCCUCCCCCCACCAUUUGUUUUUUAAAAAAAAAAAAAAAAAAAAACUUUUUUCUCCCAAAAGAGGCCAUCUCUUCCCCCCCUGCAUAAAACACAUUUUUUGUGGAAAAGAGGUUUUUUUUUUGAUUUUUUUUUAAAAACAGUAGGGUGAGGGGGGGAGAAAAAAAUUUUUACAACUUUCUUCGUCUGGGGGGGAGGGGGGGGGGGGUGGGCCCCCCCCCCCCCCCCCCCUCCACAGCCUCAUCAGUGGCACCUUUCCAGGGUCAAAACUAAAUAAAAAUAAAAAUAUUUGUAUUUGUCCUCUACUGUUAAGGGGCUUUUCAGGAAUAAUGAAACAUAGUUAAGAAUCUCAACUGGUCUGGGGCAAACAAGUAAGCUAUUUACAGAGGUGUGGCCAAGAAGUUGAACUUGGGACUUAACCAGCCAGCCAAAUAACAGAUCCAGCCAGCUAUCAGAGGGCAGAACUUGAACUCUGCUCCACCUGAUUGCAAGUCCCUUUCUUUAACUUCUCAGCCUUGCAGCCUUAUUUGUGAACACCCACUUAUAAUCUCCUGUCUAAAACUCUCUGCCUAACAGAUCAAGACCAGUUUGACAUCCUGUAUAAAAAAUUUUUAUUUGCUCACUAGGACACAUUGACAGGCCACAUAAUUGUGGGCAGCCAUCGGAGCUCACACUCCUAAUCUCAAGGUCGCUAUUACUCAUGCACAGCAUGUAUGUAACCAGCAUUUGCUUGGAAUUCCACAAAAGAAUGAUUGGAAUGCAUAGAGUGCAAUCUGAUUAUGGAUAUUUGGACCUUCUGUCGCUCAAAAUUUGAUCACGUGCAUUUUGAUCUUGUAUCACAUGAAACUUACACAAAGCAGAGCAUGGGAGCAAGAGCAUUUUGACCUUCAUCUACGCUCACUGACCUUUGGUUAUUACUAAUUUAGUCUUGUUAGUAUAGCUUUGAUUUUGGAUUUGACUUUUUAUGCAACUUAAAUCUGCUUUGUUCUUCUCUCUCUUAGCGAUCCACCUUUAGUCAAGAUGAGUUCUAUGUUGUUAUCAUUGUUAAGUCAUCUGAUGAAGAAUGUGUUACUGGAGAACGUUUUGCACGCCCUCAUGGAAAGAAAAUGGAUUCCAAAGACUCACAUUAUGCAGGUGACAAUCUCAAAGGUUUUCACUAGUUUUUACCAGGCUAUAUUUUGUCAAGAGGGAUAUGUAUAACUCUACAGCCCUGGGUUGUUGUUGUUGUUGUUGUUGUUGUUGUUGUUGUUGUUGUUGUUCUUCUUCUUCUUCUUCUUCUUCUUCUUCUUCUUCUUCUUCUUCUUCUUCUUCUUCUUCUUCCAUUACUUGGCUUUAUCUAUAAAGAUGAAUCUUUCAAGUGGUCAGGGUUUUGAUAAAAAAAGCAUUUCAAAGUGCCAUAAAAAAAAAAUUAUUUGUCAGUUUCAAAAAUGUUUAGCCAACUGGGCCUUGAAAGAAACCAGUGAUGGCAACUCAACAAUGUUUUGCAGCAGGCUGUUCCAUUCUUUUACAGUCCUUGGAAAGAAUGAGAAUUUGUGGUAGUUUUUAGUGGAUGAAACAACUUUGCAUGUAAAUGGUGACUUGUGCGCACAUGAGAUUCUGGAGUGAGACACUUGUACUUUUCUAUUUCAACAAGACUCUUAUGAAGCAUUUAAAAAAUAGCCAAUCCAUUCCUUUUCCUCCUUAAUUCCAAGGAAUCCCACCCUAGAUUAUUGAGCAUAUCAGUGACACUUGCUGUGCGAUCAUAACAGUUUGUCAUGAAGCAGGCAGAUCAUCUUUGCACCAUUCCUAUUUUGUCGACGUUUAGCUUUGUUGGUGGCUUUAUAGUAAUAGACCCUUCCACAGUUUUUACAAGUUUUGAUAACCCUUUAAGCCCCAAUAUCCACAUACAAAUUCACCACACUGAUAUUCAUACACUUCUUUAGAGAUUAGUUGAGAGAGUUUAAUAAAAGAUCAAACCAUUUUCUCUUUGGUGAUAAUUUGAUUAACUCUUGUAACCACUUCUCUUGACAACAUAUGGAUAUUGUCAGGAGAAAAUUGAUGUUGGUCACUAUUGGGACUUAAAGGGUUAAAACAAGUAAAUAAAUAUCCAUCAACACUGCUGAAAAGAGUUAACCUUGAAAUUAGGGAGCUUACCAAGUUUAAGGGUACUUUAUCCAUGUAAAGCGAGCAGAUAUUGCUCCAUGGAGUGGUGAAAUUUUACAGAUGUUUGUAUAGUGGGGCAUGAACUUGCCGCAACCUUUCAAACAUCUGUAAAAUUAUACGACUUCCCAAAGCUUAUCUUCAUCAGUUUUUAACAUUCAAAUCUCUUUCAAACUUGGCAACUUUACUUAUUUUAAGGUUUUCUUUCCAUGCAGCUGUGUUGACAGAUUUUUGCUAACUGGUCCCAAUCAAAAGACGAAAAGACCAUGGAAAGAUCCAUUAAAAGCUUAAUUUUUCAAUAAACUCUUCCUUCAGGUCCACUUUCAGUAAGGCAGAAAACUGUCACCAUAACAGUGGAACCCACUCUAUCAUGUGAGUGUAGCUAGCUUUACAUAUUUGUGGGAGAGUGUAAAGGAUUCAUAUGUGGCAUUAAAAAGGGUGGGGUCAGAAAUCAAAGAGACAAGUUGAGAGAUCAAAAGGGUGGUUGAGUGGAAAGGACUUAUAUGUAGUGUCAAAGGGAUGGGCUCGGAGAUCAAAAGGCCAGGAGUGAUAUGUGUGGGUGAGUGCAAAGGGUCCAGACAUGGCACAAAAGGGUGUGGUCAGAAAUCAAAGGGAUGGGAGAGUGCAAAGGACUUAAACAAAGCAUAAAAGGGCAGGUUCAGGAAUUAAAGAGAUUUGUUUAGAGAUCAAAGGGCUCAGGGAUGAGAUAAAUCGGUGCUAGCUUCACCUGGUACUGGGUUGUCUUUUCCACUUGGAUUUGCUGUCAAUGGGUUACAUACAUAAAAUGACUUCUCCUAUGACCUUUGUGUUUUGCAGCAAAAGCCUAUGUCAAGGCCAUUGGUGUUCCUGUUGCUUUUUUUGCAUCUUUCUAUCUCAUUGCAUUUAUUGUACUGCUUAUCACUUGGUGCCGGUAAGUAAGGCCUUGACAUCAUCAGGGGCAUAGUAGCCAUUGCUAAUAGGCAUUUCCUGUGUCCCUCAGGGAACUAUUCCUUAGACCUUAGAACCUAAGAACCUUAAAAUCUUAGAACUGUCCCUUAUAACUUAGCAAUACAGCUCAUAAUGAGAUGCAGCAUUUAACUAGGCCCUUUUAUUAUUAAAUUGCUAUCUUGGAUAAGCCAAUGAUAAAUAUUGUACCACUCAAUCAAGAGUGCAGGUAAGGUGCCCUGAGAGAUAUGCAUGAGGAAAAUUCUUUUUACUAGCCAUACAGAAUAAUCAAAACAUCAGAAACUACCACAGCUGCCAUGUAAACGAGGAUUGCUAUUGUUUCAGUAACUUCUUCACUGUAAAAGUAAUUUUACCUGCUACAAGUGAAAACUACACCAAACAUGAUAACCGUGUUGGCAUGACAUUACUUUGAUACAAGUUGCUGAUUUAGGGCAUCACUCUCCACUAACUGCAUUGUACAAUUGUUUUUUUUUUUUUCAACUUUCAUAAACCUUUUUUUAUUGAUUACUGUAUUUGUAUUUGUAUCUCCAGACAAAGGGGAGGGCGCAGGGAAAGAAGUUUAAGGUCUAUUCUGAUGCCUAAAGAAGGCAAUAUUCAAGGUAUGCUAAGGGUUAACAUAUAAAAAAGUAGAAAAAGUUUUAUUAGAUUCUUUUUUUUUUUUUUACCCCCUGUAAGAGACAACAUCACAUACGGUAACCAUAAACUGUGUUCAUAACUGCAGGAAUCAUUCUUCACUUGAUUUUAUUUCCGUAGUUCUCAUAUAUGCUUUAUUUCAUAUACAUUUGUCAUGCCAUAAUCUGCCACUUACAAGCCCCUCCACUUAUAUACCCUCCAAGUUAUAGGCCCAUCUACCUGUAAACAAAAAAAUACAUCCGAUUAUAAGCCCCUCUUUAGCUCCAGUUGUAAGCCCCCGUCUGAAUUCAAUUUAUUUUGACAGUUUGAAGCUUUAACUAAAAACCAGUAAAUGCAAAAUGUAUUUUGAUUAGCACUGCUUUAGCUUGUGUCAAAGCGCUGUUUCUAUCCGGAUAUAAGCCCACUCAGAAAUACUGUAAAAUUCCGAAAAUAAGCCCCUCCAUGUAUAAGCCCCUCCAAACGUAAGCCCCCCAAACUGGUAAUGUGAAAAGCCUCCGUUAAAUUGCCCCUCCAAAUAUAAGCCCCACGGGGGCUUGUACUUGGAAAAUUGCCCUCAAACACAAAGUAGAACAAAGCAAAAACGGUAAAUUUACUUCCAACUUUAAGGCUAGCCCAAUCGAUUUUGGAACACAAAUUUCCCUCUGUAGAUAAGCCCCUCCAAAAAUAAGCCCCUCAAAAAGGGCCUUUGAAAAAUAUAAGCCCCAGGGCUUAUUUUCAGAAUUUUAUGGUAUGCCUCUCCGUUUAUAAGCCUUCUUAAAACCCGUUGCAAAGAUGUAUAAGCCCAAGGCUUAGAAGCAACAGUUGACCAUGUAGUCCAUUCCUAUGUGUGCUGUACCCUACCAUGCAAACAGUAACUCAGAGUAAAAGAGCGACUACUGACAUGUUACUAUUCGUUUUGAAAUUUUGAAUUUGUAUGGAAUUAAUUCUCAGAGUCAAAAUAGUAGUUACGCCAUACUUUUCCUUGUUAUAAACCCCUCUGGUUGGCCUCCUGUAAGCAAUCACUAAAUCUCGGCAUUUUGGCUAGUGGCUCACAGAAGGUUCGACUCUAGGAUUGUUUUUGAAAUUUAGUAAAAUCCGCUUAAACUUUACCUACAGAUUGUUUAAUUAAUAACUUAAACUAAGCUCAUUGCCAAUAAAUAAACUUGGGAACUGGUGCCUCAAAAGGUAGUUAGGGUAGGGUCUAAAGUAACCCAGGCAUAGCAGGUAGGUAUCCAUAGCAACCAUGCCCACAGCCCUGAAUGCUUAAUUUGGCAAAGUAAUAAAACCUGCCAUCUUAAAUUUUCUAAGGUUAGACUUUUAUCAUGUGCUAAUCAUUGAAAAGGUGAUUCUGUAGUUUUCAAGGUGCAAGUCCCAUAUGGAUAUCCAGACUCUGUUAAAGAGAUCAGCAGCUUACUAACUGCUACUGGAAAUGAAAAAUGUACUCUCCUUAAUGUUUGUAUUGUUUAUAGGGAGGGGAAGUAAAUAUUAUCAUUUGAUGCUAAACAACAUUUUGUACACGUAGUGUUUGUUGUCCACUUUAGAUGUUCCAGUGAGUGCUCCACUGAGGACUUCCUCGUCCAGGAGAUCAAGAACAAGAGAUCAUUAUGGGACAACUCCGCAUGGUCAGUAUCAAUCUUGGAAUCCGGAUUCCAUAAUGCUGGAAAUUUUUGCUUGCAGAAUCAGCUAGUACAGUAAUAAUCAAAGAUUAUGCAGGGUGUUUGGAUGAAACCCGGGGUCCAGGGAUUUUCCCCGCCUACUACGAGCGUGAGGCCCGGCUACUUUCAUAGAAAACAAAAGGAAAAUGGAACCAGAAGAUCUUCCUAGCUGUACAAUUCCCCUCUUGCUAAUCACAUAUACCCGGCAACUUGAAGUGUUAGUGGCAGCCCUGGGUUAAGGUGGUUCCCUGCGAACGGAACUUCUAAACGCUUGAAUUUUCAACUGAUGGAAAAUUUGUUCUGUACGUAAGCUUAACCCUUUAAACCCUAAGAUCAACAUUUGAAUUCUCAUUUGUUGCCCCUAUUCAUUUCCUACAGAAGUAGUGGGGAGAAGUUGAUAAAAUAUCAAGCAAAUUCAUCUCGUGUGAUCAUGUCCAUAAUUCUCAUGACCCCUCUGUUUUACAAAGCAUUGAUGGUACAGGGAGAAAUUCAAUGCUGAUCGCUCUUAGGGCUAAAGGGUAAAAGAAAGUGACUGAGGAAUGGCAGAGACUACUCUAAGUGUGCACUUCAUGGGGGUCUUAUAGAGAUGUAGAAAAGAGAAUCGACUGUUUGUUUUUUGCUUGUUUUUUUUUAGCAGAUAAUGAAGUAUUAUUUGAUCAUGAUAGUGUCGAUCAAUUAGAGGAGGACCAUUCUUUAGUCACUGAUGGAAUAAAAGAUCCUACCUCACGGGAUUUUGAGCAGCAUUACGACAUGUUGCAUGAUAUUGAUCAGGAGAAAGAUAUUUACAGGCUCAGGGUGAGUAAGUAAAUUAUUAUUUGUUGGUGAAAUUUGAACAAGUGCUUGAAGAAUUAUUGCAUAUUUCAGGAAGUUGUGGUUACGUGUCAAGGUUCUCAUAGAAUUUAGAGUUUAUAUAUUGCAAAUGUUUUAUCAAAUUAGUCAUCCAAGCAUACUGGAUGUAUUUCUUUGGGAUUCACCAAGAUCAGGUUUGGAUCUACUGGUUGUAAGUCCCCUUGGGUCAAUAAGAUGUAUAUCCAGGGCUUUUAAGUGGCCCUUGCAUUGAGUAAUUCAGAUAGAUAUAUGCAACAUUAGUAGUCCAGAUAACAUCUAUUGUUAUUAAAAUAGAGUUGUUCAACUACUAUUAAGCCGAGAAAUUAAAGGUGCGUUCAAGUUUAUCAAUUCAAAAAUUCUUUUGGAUUAUCAUCAGACUAGCUUGAUGCUGACAGAUCUGGCUAAGAAAGAAAAAAAAUACCUCCAAAAGAAAUACAGACUCUAUCACUGGUUAGUAUGAUAAUGCAAUUUUAAUUUGGUUUUGAAUAUCUCAAUCUAUUGUUAAGAUUCUGGCCCGUCCUUUAGUUGGCCCUUUACUUCUAAUUAGCCUGAGACCAGGUUCCGCAGUGGGGAAAAAGCCGGGAAAAAAAUUGGCGAGCAAAGCCAGCUGAGCGGGAGUCUGGAAAGGGGUAAGGGUGCCCUCCCCCUCAGUCCAACUUCAGUCCAUUUUUGGCUGUUUCGCCCUGUUUUUCGCCUUUUUCCCCCACUACGGAGCUUGAUCCUAGGCAACUUCUAAUCAGCUUUGUAUGCACGUUUUCAGGGACAAUUUAUUUUGGCCGUGUCAGAUAUAAUACUCCUCUAUUGAUCUAUUAAGGGUCAGGGAAUUGUUAUCCUGUAAUCUCUCUGUUUUUUUUUUUUUUUCAAUUGCUAUAGGAAUCUGUUGAUGAUAGCUGUAUUCUAUGCCCUUCCGGUUGUCCAACUCGUUAUCACAUAUCAAAAGGUAUUUACAUUUGAAAUAAAGUUGAAAUAAAUAGAGUCAGAUUUCCAUCAUGGUUGGACAUUGCUUUCUUACAUCUCUGUAAGGCAUCGGUUGUAGAAAUAGUCAACUCUUUUAAAAAGGAGGCAGUAUGGCCUAGUGGUUAUGGUGCUGGGAUUAUAAUCUGUUGGCCCCAGGUUCAAGUCCCACCCGGGCCACUAGCUGGAUUUAUUCUUGAUAGUCCUGAGUUCAAAUCGUUAAUCACACUUGUAAAUAGCCAAAUUGUUUGCCUUCAGCCAUUUGGGAUUCUUAGUUUUGUGGGCCACAAUGAAAAUUACUGGUGUAUCAUUAAUUGUGUUACCCCUAUAAAGUCAGUGUUUUGUAGUUGUUGUUUUUGUUUUGCUUUUUUGUGUGACAAAAGUGAGAUUAGUUGAUGUUAUUUUCCAGGUUCUUAAUGCCAGCGGAGAUGAAGAUAUUUGCUACUACAACUUUUUUUGUGCUCAUCCUUUGGGGGUAUUAAGGUGAAACAUUAAAUAAUUACAUAUGAGCUAUAGUUAUAAUUAUGCCAUGCUUUCGAUCCGUAUACCUUAAAAUAUUGUUUUGUCAUUUUUCAAAACAAAUUACAUAAAUUUAUAAACCUAAUAGCGACGAAGCCUUAAGGGAAACCACUGGGCUCAUAAGUAGUAGGCUCCUCGAUUAUUUUUAGUGAAUUAUCGACUUAUCAAGCAAUUCAUAUCAAAGGCAGUGCUACAAUAAGCAUUAUAACAAUUUAUAUCCAUUACAUCAUAAAAAAAUAAAAGGGUCGAGGUAACCUUUCGAGUUGAAAACCCUUUUUCAGUACAAUUUCCCUGUUCACUUUACCGCCCAGAAAAUACAUUUGAAUCAAACCAAUCGGAUCCUGCAUAAUAAGGGCUUUCUAGCCCUUAGAUUGGUUCUUUAAUGCACUCUUAACGGCAUGGGAGAAUUUAUGUUAAAAUUACACUGUGUCAGCAAGUUCGUCGCAAUAAAUUUCUAACGUACUACAUGUUGAUGAGACGUGUGUUGAGGUUUCCUCUCUUUGAUCUUGUUUCAGUGCUUUUAAUAAUGUGUGGAGUAACGUUGGAUAUAUCAUGUUAGGAUUCCUGUUUUUCCUUCUUGUUAUGCGACGGUAACUAUACUCAUAACAUCUUAUUACUCUCUGCUAUCUAAACAAACCGUAAUUUUUUUGAAAGUAUUUCAACAGAAAAAGUUACAACAGUGAGGAAAGAACGGGGACUCAAUUCUAACACUGCUUCCUAAAUUUAUUAUGGGGUAAAAGAUUCAAAGUGGCGGCCAUUUUCCCUGUGGCGGAUCGAAAAUUCAUUUUUUUGGCGACGUUUUCACUGCGGUCGUCGUCGUCGUUGCUUAAGGUCCCUAAUAUGUGAUAGUAGAAAGCUGGUCAGGGGAGUGGUUAACUUAUUUGAGGGGUGGGGGCGCCUUACUACUUCCCAUUUUUAAUGUUGUUUUUUCUUGUGUUUUAGAGACAGACAACAUAAGCAAGAUAUAACUGACAAUAGUGAUAUAGAGAAGGUAUUAGUACAUUACUUUAUUUUCUUUGGUUAAUUGAAAUUAAUCCAUUUCAUGUCUAUAACUGCACCGAUUUUAACGGUUUGUUACAUUUCUUAUAUAGUCUAUUAUAAUUUUUGUCCUUCUUUCAGUUUUACGGAAUUCCUCAGCAUUAUGCGAUAUUUUAUGCCAUGGGUAAGUGGUCCCUUUAAGUCUUCAAUAAAUAAAUUUUCUUACUUGGCGUGUUGUAACACAGGGAUAGAAUAUUUAAGUGAAACGUUCAAGUGAAAUAGGACCUGAAUUGGGGGUCCUGAUCCUACAUUCCCGCUCCCUUUUCACGGGAAUCCCCGCAUCCCAAACGUCUUUCAUCGCUAUCCCGAAUGUCGUUGUCUUUCCCAAUCCCGCAUCCGUGCUAAAUUUUGGCGAAUCCCGCUUCCCGAUUAGUAGUUAAAACCCGUAUCCCGUAAACGUUUCCCGAACCCCGCACUGUAAUUUGGUCUAAUCGCGGAUCCCGGAAAACCCCUUUCCUGGUAAGAGCACAAGUAGCUACCCACUUUCUUUGGUAUUAUUGCCAUGUGGACUAGACCGGGCUGUAUUAAUCUAGUUACCUUAAAGAUACCAACUUUAUUUACUUCUCUUGUUGUUGUUGCAGCGCUUGCCUUGAUAAUGGAAGGUGUUCUGUCAGCCUGUUACCACGUGUGUCCUAACAAUUCUAAUUUCCAGUUUGGUAAGUGAGUAGUCUAGAAGCGAGAGAAAGAGCGAAAAUCAAAGCGAGGAAAAGAAAUGACAGGAAAAAAGCAUCAACAAAAAUCUGUUGUAAUUAGUUUGCCUUUGUCCUCAUUCUUAGUAGGCCAAUUCUGAGUUGGUCUUUGCCUCCUUUUCAAAACGAGGGUAGUCGCGAAUCCUAUGAUAUGCAAAAUUUCACAUAAAGUUCUUGCACGUGGCGUCCUUUUGAAAGCGAGAGCUUUUGGUCUUCGGAAAUCAGUAAGGCAGAACCAUGAACGACAAAACUUGCAUAGUUAAGAUACGAUUCAAUGAUUGAAUGAUGAUUUUAGCUAACAUCAAGUUUGAACGUGUUUUAUUCAUGUCCGUAUGACGUCAUUAACGUUUAUUUAUUCCUCUGUUUGCUUAUGAGAUAUCUACUCAAAAACAGGAGAAAAACAUGCCCGCUAUACUACUAAGUUUUAGCAUCUCGCAAUAAAUUCACGAAUUUCUUAAAACGAUGAUAAACUUUGUCUUCAUUCUGGGACAACUUCCCUCUUACGAUUUCUUUUUCGUGAUGAAAACAAAGUUCAACCCUCGUCACCCUUCAGUCUGUUUGGGACGCAUACGUCAUAAUUUCGUCUUCGCGCUAUUCCUGACGAAGGUGUUAAGGCCCUUGUUAAAGCCUCAGUUCCACAGUAUUUUUAUGAAUCAGCCAAGAACAUUGGUGUCCCCGUUUUGAUAUGAAAAUCAAGGCCCAAAGUGUCGUACAUACCAUCACACAUAGUGUUGUUUCUCUCCUACGUUCGCCAUCAUUGUGUUUCUCUCUCAGCCAAUGAACUCUGCUCCUUUUCGUUUUUUAUGUAGACACGUCGUUUAUGUACAUCAUCACUUGUCUUGGUAUAGUGAAGCUUUAUCAAACCCGCCAUCCAGACAUUGCCGCCAACGCUCACAGCGUCUACGCUGGCUUUGCAUUGAUCAUCCUCAUAGCCGUUAUAGGAGUGGUAAGAAAAACUGCCUACUUACCGCUCCCCUAAUCCUACAUUUUGCCUUAAGAAAGAAAUUAGUGUUAACACUGGGUUAGGGAAGGGGUGGGCGGGUAAUUUCCCAGAAUCUUAUCCUGAUCCAACCUUUACAUCGUUUGACUACAACUGCUACGCAGAGCCUUGUUAAUUCUGUAACUAAUUCUAUUUUUCCCCAUUCAUGUUCCUAGUUUUCGUUUGUGUUCCUCUACUGUUUAGCUCGGUUUGAUAAUUUAAGUUAAUCCUAUGACCCCAUGGCCGAUCCGCCGAUCCCCUUAAGAGAUGUGUUCGUCAUUUGCAUAUCUCCCAUAAUACACCUUGUUUGCAUCCCCUCCCCCUCCCCAUAAAAAAACGCUUUAGUAUUGUCCCCAAUUUCUUUUGGGACGACUGUAAUACCCAGGAGAAAUUAAAAUGAAAGGUUAUGCAAAAUUUUGGAGGGCAAACAAGGUGUAUUAUAGGAGAUCUGCAAAUGGUGAAAUCAAUUCUCAGAUCGUGGAUCAUGCUGUGAUUCGUUUGACGAUUUAAGUAGAGAUGGCUGUCGCAAGGCCGCUCAGAUCAAGCAUAUUCGACUAAAUUCAUUACUAAUUUACGACUUAUUUGUUCACGGUUUUGUUAUUGAAGGUUUACAGUUCGUUUGCAUUCUGGACGACAUUUGCCAUAAUUCAUAUUUUUGGAUGCUUGUACCUCAGUUCUCAAAUAUACUACAUGGGAAGAGUCAAGUUUGGUAAGGAAAUGGCUUUCUCUUAUUCCAGAACAAAUGUGUUAUUUUUGUAUAAAUUGCAUAAUCUACUUGGCGGUAGCUUGAAAAGUGUUGGUUGCAUCAUCAAACAGUAACUCACUGUACAUAACAUGUUAUCUCGAUUUUGUUGCGUUUGCCAGAUGCUGGAAUGCUUUCAAGAGUGUUUAUCUUGUUGCGAUACGAUUGCUGCUCUAGCCCAACGUACAAGGUAAACUUGUUGUAAUUCAUUGUCUUUGUUGCAAAUGUUGUCCUAAUCCGCCACUUUAGAAACCAGAAGGGGACUGGAGCCCAAAUGCGUCCCGAAAUUGUUUCUGGGAUUGUUUCUAGGUACGCGUCAGUUGCGUCGGCCAGUUAUUGGCUAAUUUCUUUCCCUUUCCCGAGUAACAGCCCCAGAAGUCUUUGUGAAAGUUAACUCGGCCCAGUUUCCUUCUCGUUUAUAAGGUGGCGAAGUUGCCCGCGAGAUUGGGUCGGUGUUAUGUCGAAUUGCACUAUGGGACCGUUUUGUGGAUACUAUCGCUUCUCUUAUUGGCUGUUACAAAGUUAGGCGGGAAACUGCGGACUGUUCGUCCUGCGAAACGUUCCCAUCGUGCAAUUUGAAGUUACGCAAUACCAGUCUUCACGCGCAAUGUAAUACAGUCAAAUCUCGCUUUACGGAUACCUCAUUAUUACGUACGUACAGAAUACUUCAUGGAAAGUUCGGGCGUACGGUAUUUACGCUCGAGUUGCUGACGUAUCAGUAAUAAGACGAGUGAGCGGACACCUCCAUUAAAAUGCACAACUCUUAUUACGACAGCUGUUCUGGUAGUGAAGAUACCAAAUUUUGUGUAUCCUUAAAAACCUCAAGUGAUGCUAGUGGUUUCAAUAAAAGGUCUAUUUGUUUUGCAGGACAGAAUGCUUCUUUUGGUGAUUGCCAAUAUGAUCAACUGGUUUUUGUAAGUAGGAUUUGUGCUUACUUAAUGUCUUAAGAGAGAUGUACAAACUCGACUGAUAAAAACGUUAGUGUGAAAGGUUUGUACCCAGGAGUCAUUUCGUAAGUAGGUUGAGUAUGAUCGUCCGGGUGAACAUAGUCCUGAUUAGGACUGUUGUUGUUGACAGUGACUGACGUUUUGACAAUCUGUGCGGUAGUCAUGUUCAGUGUCAAAGUGAGUUGCACUCACGUCAGUUGAUGGUAUUAAACUCUGGUUAUUGAGCUAUUGAUCAAUUAAGUCGCGAUAUUAUUGGUCGUCUGUCAGUUAAGCCGUGAUCUUAUUGGCUAUGAAGGGUCGUAAUGUCAUUGGUGCUCAGCAAUGUGAUUAUUGAUGUCACCAUUUCUCGUCGCUCGUUUGUGUUCGGUCAGUCGCGUGCUAAGGUUUCUGUCGAUUUCGCCAAUUUCAGUAGCCUGCCAGUCGCAGCAUCUUGUAUACUGCUCCCUGUCUGUCCUCCGGUUUGUCUUUGUCCUUGACAUUAGUAAGUAGUCGUCUAAGGGUGGUUAUAGGUUUGUGUGCAAAACGUUAGUAUAAAGGAAAAACAUGUCGCUCCGAAAGAUCAUAUUUAUUGUAUUUACAGUUGAACUUAAGCGGCCACCUUUGGGGUACCGGCAAGUGGCCGCUUUGAAUAGAGAUUAGCCGCUCAAUAGAGGUUCGACAGAAAUGGGCAUAUUCUCUAGCAGAAAUAUCACUUUAUGAAACAAACACGCGAAAGGAGCGGUAUUACCGGUCCACAAUCAGUCAUCACCUUCUUUCUCAGACUGUAUUUUCCUUCAUCAUAUCUUUAGAAUACGGCCAAACCGAGUGUAUCAAACGCUUGAUGGUCGCUUAAUAGAGAUAACAACAAUGGAAGAACCCCUGUCGUGAUGGCCAACCGCGGCUGCUUAACGGUUUAAUUUACAUUUUUUUUCUACAAUUAUUUCGGGACUUAAAUUACUGGCCGCUUAAUGGUGGGUGGCUGCUUUAUGGAUGUUUAGCUGUAGUUUAGACUGACAGAUUGGUUGUUUAAUUUCUAGUGCCAUAUAUGGUGUUGCAACCACGCCCAACGACUUUGCUACCUACCUGUUAGCUAUUUUGAUUGUCAAUGGACUCCUUUAUUUGGCGUUUUAUGUCAUCAUGAAGGUACUCUUAUCGAGAUUUGCCUUUUUAUUCAUAAACUUAACAUCCCCCAUUCUCUAGGGAGAAUGGGUACAAGCCUUGGGCACAGUGAUUUCAGGAUUGUUUGGGGUGGACAAGCGUUUGUCGUGAUUGGUCGAUGGUAUUCAAGGCAACCAUUAACCAGUAACGCUUGUCCACCCAGUCGAUCCCAAAAAUCGUUGCGCCGAAAACUUGUACCCAUUCCCCCAAUGGACAAUUAUGAAUUGCCAUACACAAUUUUAUUUUCACCACAGUUGACAAUCUCCUUCCACAACAACGUCCCUGUAAUAUUUUGUUUUGUCUAAUUUUAUUUUCAGCUAAGAAACAAAGAAAGGAUCCUUCUCUUUCCGUUACUUGUCCUCGGUUGGACGCUGGCGUGCUGGAUAGCUGCACUUAUUUUCUUCUUGAGUAAUCUGACAUCUUGGCAGGUUUGUGACCGUUAUCACUUUUAUCCCCAAUAUCAAAAUACAAAUUCUUCUUUCCUGUCCCAUACGUCUGUUAUUAAAGAAAUGGGGAGAAUUUGUUAAAAUAUCAUGAGAAUUAAGCGUAAGUGAUCAUAUCUUUGAUUCUUAUGACCCUCCUGAUUGAUUGAGAAAAGAGAUUAAGAGACGUUUGGUUUUAAUCACCAUUGAGGCUUAUUAAGGAUAUAUUAAACCGUGGUAAAUUUCGGUCAUUGAAAAGUGACCUCUCAUUAAUCUGAAUGAUAAAGUCGCACACUGGUCUGUAUUUACUCGCAAAUAGAACGUAAAAAUCCGGCAUUUCGGUGUACUCCACCUCGCGGCAAGCGGCUGUAUUCGUCUGUUGUACAUUCAGGGGACCAUCAUUUUUCUUUUUAUCCUUUAGGCCCGUUUCCCGAAAGUCCCAAUAAUUAACGCUCCCGGAAAGCUGUUGUUGUUUACUUUUAACAUCACGCUUACAAUAGUCUGGAGAUAUUCAAGUGUCAUUUAACAAAACAAAAUGGAUUGGUUUGUUUCCUGGUUUUAUUCUUUGGAUUUUGAUCUGAAUCAGAAUUGAUUUUAGACCCGAAAAGUUACCGGGACUUUCGAGAAACGGGCCCCUGGUUACAAAUGGUAAUUCUGCGCGCCCCUUUGACUCAAAUGAGUUUUCGUUUACUUACAGUGGUGAUAUUCUAUACAUGUACUUUUUAUAUAGGGUCGCAAAUUUUAAUUUAAGCAUUGGUCGAGAGAAGGGCGUGUCUUAAGCCAUUCUUAAAGUAUAAAAGUACAAAAACAUGAAAAGUUGAAAGUAUUUUGUUCAUAAAUACUCAACGAUCUAUUCCCAUCAUAUUGCAUUGUAUUGUAAGGUUUAUUCAUUAGAAAUGUUUUAAGCAUUUUGUUCUUACUUUCUGUUCACGUUUUGCUCGGCAGAAAAGCCCAGCUCGAUCACGAGAAGGGAAUAAAGACUGUAUUCUUCUUGGCUUCUAUGAUAAUCACGAUGUGUGGCAUUUUCUGUCCGCCUGUGCUUUAUUCUUUUCAUUUUUGGUAAGUAGGCCUUAAGCUACGUCCAAAAGGACGCAACAACUCCCAACAAUGUUGGACCAACAAUGUUGUGAGUUGUUGCGUCCUUGUUGGCAGUGGUGUUCAAAAGGAUGCAACAAUUCCCAGCAAUGUUGGACCAACAAUUUUGGGAGUUGUUGCGUCCUUGUUGGCAGUGGUGUGCAAACGGACGCAACAUCCAACAAUGUUGUCUCUGUUUUUACGAGGCUUUCAAGUACCCAUAGCCUAAGAACUUUUAUUUUAAUUAAUUGAAAGUACACAUUACUUUUUUUUUCAGUACUGUUAGGGUAUUUCGUCUCAUUAUUAGUUCCAUUUUUUUCAUUCAGGGCUUGUUGACGCUGGACGAUGAUCUUCUAAGAACACCAAGACACAGUAUCCCUGUCUUUUAGUUCUUCUUAACUUCAAGCGAUAGAUAAAUAGAAUAGUGAUGUUCCAAGUAAAUAAAUUCAAGUUAUAUGUAGAUAUUAGAUUUAGAAGCAUGACAAACUUUUCUCAAUUAUAUUUUUGAAACUCGCGAUAUUCUUGUGAAAUUUUGUUACGAAAAUUGUUGUAGACGGAAGAAUUUGGCUCCAAUUGAAGCCCUUUUUUAAUCGGAAGAUGUAAAUGUUUCAAUUUCUCCAGUACGGGAUUCAAUGAUGUAUCAGUUUUCAAAGUAGAUUAAUUUGGGGGGCUUGAGUCCCACCGAUGAAUGAGUGAAAAAAAACUCUUUUAUAUAAAUAACGAGUCUUGAGAAUUCCUUUCCGCUUCGGAUAAUAUUUAACGCGAGGCGCAUUAGACACACUGUUAGACAGUUCUAGAUAGAAAUUAUAACUUGCGAGAUUUUGCUGUCAUACGAUGUAUUUUUGAGGUAUUGUAACGCUAUCGCAAUGAUUAUUUAAAUGUUACUGAAUUCUAGUUGUCUCUUACCAAGACAGAGUUGAGUUUUUACCUCGUCGUAACCUCGAUGUGUGAACAAAAACGAC